GCCUGGCGUCGUUCUCGCCACCGACGUCGCGUCGUGACACCGACAUGUUCACGUUCCGUCGUUAACUCUAUAUCGACUCGCGAGGGAGAUGUAAAACGCAUGUUAUUAAUCGCGGCACGAAAACGCAUCUCGCGAUACACACGUAUAGACACGCCUGACGUGGGGGAUCAAUGUUCAACGACGGGCGUCCUCGUGGUGAACGGGCAUGAAAGGGGAACGAAUCGCUUGCAAGUGACACAAACUGCACUCGCUCCCUCUUUAAUUCACGCCCGAUAAAAAAAAUCCAUCCAUUAUGCUGGAUGUUAAUUCCGAGAUUAACAAAUCGGAAGAGUUUGCAACGAUGCCGAAGGACUAGUUGAUCUGUGUGCGAUUUUUAACGAAUGCGAGAUCAUCGAGGGCACAACGAGAAUCACAACGAGGAGCGCAAGCUCUCGAUGCAUUUCGGUGGUGCAACGCGCGAGAGAUGCGUCGUUUUAUCGCGGCAAAAGCACAUCCGGUCAUCGUCCACAUGCUGAAAUCCGGGAGUCAUCGUCAAUGUGUGGCCGCCGUCGCUUCUCUCGAGGAGACAUAUAGCCGUCUCCUCUCCAACUGACGAAUUCACCGUCUGCAAUUAUUUUUUUAUGGUUUACGGAUCGUACAGAGCCACAGAGUCAACAAUCACCACGGGGAUCGCUUGGCUUCACAACAUCACCUCUCAAGGUGAGAUGAGCAGCAGCGGUGGACCCGGCGGUGGAUGGGGGGGAGGCGUCGACGUCGGCGUCGGCGUCGGCGUCGCCGGCGGGCCGACCCUCGCGGCCGCUCAGCAAGGUCAAGGUGUGGCCGCCCUUAUGGUGAUGCUCGCCGUUCUGUGCUUCAUCUUUGCGUAUUGCUGUUGGGGCGCGCCCUUCUGCCGAUCUCUAUGCAGACGGCAUUGCUGCUGCCGUCUGGAAGAUCCCGAUCCGGAUCCGCGGUUCGGCGGCAGCGAGCAGGCCAUGGUGGCGACGCCGACGAUCAUCCUCCUGCCCCAUGGCAGAAUGCUUGUCGUCGACGGCACGAUUUUCACUCAGUUCCAGACCGAUCCUACAGGUUUAGACUUGGUGGAGCUUGGCGAUAGCGUGUUGCGCGCCCAGAGAAAUCCGCGAAGCGUAAAUCGUCACCAGUUGCAGAGCAGUCAAGGCAGCAUCCUCGAAAUGGACGCCGAGACACCUAGCAAGGACAGCUUAGGUUCCGUCGGAUGUUUCCCGCCGCCUACCUACGAGAGUAUUUACGGCAAAGAGGAAACCGACAUGCCUCCCUCUUAUUCCGACAUUCUUUUGCAUAGAUUUGCCAAUCUACCGCAUGAAAUUGAUAUGCACGGUUACUGUCGCGACGGCAAGGAGGAGAUCGAGAUGCAGAGUCUAGACAGCUGCCCGCACAUCAUUGGCAAUCCGUUGAACUCGAUGCCCGGAUAUCACCCCUACGCCACGGUGACAAGUCUGUCCAGUCUGCAGAGCUACCCGCGACGGAACGUCUCGCGCAAUCCGUCCAUCAUCAGCAAUCCGUUGGACAACUUUUACGUGGACAACGAGCUCAGUCUCUAUCGACUCGGCCGCGAGGCCGUGCCGCGCGUCUCGAGUAACGACGCGAACCUCGAGACCUUCCGCGCGUCCCACGACGAGAUGUCCUUCCGCGUUCCGCUCGACGAGAACGAGAAUCAUCGGCACGCGAGCCGCAACAAUUACCAGGUCGCCGGCAACGAGCUGAUGAACACGAGAAACCGCGCCCGCAGCGCUUCCAGGCUGAGCCAGGACAGUCGCAGGAGUUCGUUGAAUCGCGACGGUGAGCAGCAUCAGAUUUUCGUCAGGCUGCCCGAUCCCGAAGAUAUCGAGGCUGCGCGAGACAGGCGUAUCGAUGAGGAUCAGCGAGCGCCUCGAACGUACCGCGAGGACCAGAACGCCAGGAAUCUGCAUCUGGAUCAUCCCCAGUUGCAAGACGAGAUCAAUCGUAACAUCAUUGACGACGAUCCCAGGUACUUCGCGAGGAACAGGCGACUGGAGGAUGAGGACAGGGAUCAAGACGAAGCCGAGGGGGUUCAGUAUCCCGACGAGGAGGCUGGUAAUUUCGGCGCGCUCGCUGACAUUCGCGAGAGCAGAGUGUAAUCUAGACUUUUAACUGUGCGUUCUUUCGAGUGACUGUUAAAAAGGGCUUUAAUCGGAGAGAUCGUCAAAUUUGAAGUGCUUUAAAAAUACAUUUAAAAAUUUUGUUUGAUUUUUUUUAAAUAAGAGUCUAAAUUUGAAGAAACAUUUACGACCAAAAAAUUUUGAUUAUCAUUUUUAUUUAGGAAUUUAUUGAGAAAGUCAUAACAUUCCAGUUUAUAAUUCCCGUCUCCUUUUUAUUUUGUGGAAAAGGACUGGUGCAAUGCCCUUUAUACUAUGUAUAAAUAAUAAAUAUGAAUCUGAAAAUCUGGUAUCUCGCACGACAGAUAAAGAAAGUCGCGUGACAAGACAACUCAACUGUAGAAAUUGCGGCAAAUUUCUACGUUAAGCUGCUAGGAUAUUGUUUCGAUCAUGUUCACACACAAACAGGUUGACAUGCAGGAUUAUGGAAACCGAGGAGUUGCGGUUAAGAGAUAAAUAUUGCAUUGUGCAGAAAAUAUAAGACGAUGUUAUAACUGUAUAUGUAUAUAUAUAUAUAUGUGACAAUAUAAUUGUACGCGUGACAGUCUAGUAAAAUUCGUCACACAUACACGUACAUACAUACACACGUGCAACAUAUUUCCGACAGAUUGAUCGUGCAGUAUGAAAUUGUACAACGAUUUUUUUUAACGGAGUCUCGAAAGUAUAGCUCUUACGUAUACGACGAUCAGAAAGGAUUAGGACGAGACAAAAGAAAAUGUAAAGAUAAUUAUAAGCUCUUUUGAGACAUGUAGAACGACGAGAAAUAUCGAAAAAUACAGUUUUUAUUCUCUUAUAAAAUAACGCAGAUAGAGGAUUUAAAUCAUGCGAUAAUUUGUGUUACAUAAUCGAAAUCCUUCCUAAGAAAACAUCGAUCGCAAGAAAUUAGCGAAAACCGUGCAAUUCUCAAUGUAAACGUUUUUUACGCGGAACAUUGUGUUUUUAAAUCGAACAAACGAAUCGUAUAGCAAAGUUAGUUCAGUCCGUCCAGGCUUUAACAAGCGCACUUAAGUUUUCAGCAAGCAUCAUCCAGCAAUUUAAUCAUGAUUAGCGAUUUCCUUCCCCUUGAUAUUUUAUAGGUAAGCUAAGCAGAUGCCAUGACUAUUGAAUAGUUGUACCAUUAAAAAAAUAGUGUGCUUCGUAUGUUAUUUGUAAAAUACACUCUCCUCACUAUUUUUGAAUGGUACUAUCCAUUGGAUACAUCGAACGAUUUUAAUAUUUGCGACAAGUGAUAAGACGAAACUGAAUCUCUUGCGACCAGGAGAAAAAAAAAUGAAAUAAAACGUGAAAAAAAUUUAUAUUAAGAAGAAAAAGCUGAUUGUCUUAAUAUGAGUUUCAGGAACCAAAGAGAGAUCUGUAUUGAAAUUCGAUAAUCAGAUACAGCAAAGUAUCAAAACAUUAAAUCGAACCAAGUAUAUUUCAGAAAGAACGAUAACGGUUGGCUUUAGAUACACUUCUUACGUACACAUACACGUGUAAGGUAAUUAUAAAAGUUGUACACACACACGUUAUCACUGUUACCGUGUAUCAUAGGGACAAAUCACUGACCGAGAGAAUAAAAUUCUGCGUGAAGCAUAUGUAAUACUGUGUGCCUUCCUAGUUUUUAGAUUGCUAAGUGAACAGUAUAGACAAAUGGGAACUUUCGUUUUUACAAUAGCCGAUUAUUUCGACCAAACUCUUUUUUCCUUCCUUCGUUUCGAAUCUAAAAACGAUAAGAGGCAACCUACUUUGUAAGAUAUAAUGUUAUUCUAUGGAAAAAGAAUAUAUCCCCUCGACUACAAACGAUAUCAAUAAAUUAAUAAAUGAUAUCAAUAUAAAUUGUUUCUCAUAACGAGAAAUAUAGUUUACAUUGUAUAUAUAUUGUUAUAUUAAUUAUAACAAACACUGGACCGUAAAACACAGAAGGCAAGGCCACUCUACGAAUGCACAAUAAAUUUAUAAUUUGUUAUUUUUAAUUCGCAGUAUUUAUAUAGGGAUGACGCGUGGUCCAGUAUGGGAGCAGUCGACUUAUAAUCUGCGGAUUCCGAUCCUCGUCUUAUGUAUGCCUCGGUUUUACUACUUUUACUAGAAGUUGAUUGAAAGAUUGAAGGCUACGAGUAAAAGAGUACGAAUAGUAAAUCCGUUUCAAGAGUCCACAGUUCAUUUACAAUUCACAAUAUUUACAUCUUUACUCCAAGAGAUAUCAAUGCAGUUUACUAUGUACACAAUCGAUAUCGGCAUUUUUAUGACUAAUUGUAGUAAUCUAAAAAGUGUCGUUUAUAUAAAAAAAAAAAAAAA